AUGCGCUUCAUCUUUGCCGCUGCGCUCGCAGUAGCGUUCGCACUCGUUUCGACGCCAGCGACUGCUGCGUCCGUCGCGGAGCCAUCCGGAGCGUCGCAGAUUGCCCCACUUGGUCCUGAUCAUCGCGAAGGCAAAGUCUCGGGACUGGGCGAAGGCCGUCAUCACGUGCGACCGGACCGGCUGCCCACUGCUGUCCUCAGUGCCCAGAACGAGGAGAGAGGGACCAGGGCGUUCGAGUUCAUUCCGCUAAGCUACAGACGCUCGAGGAUCGCUGUGAGCAAACGGUUUCAGCUCUGGUGGGCUGCCAUCAAGGCAGCCUUCAGGCAAGUAUUCAUCAACACGAGAUACGUCAUAGAUAAGGCUAAACUGAAAGCAGAUGUCGCCAAGGACAGUGCAGCAAGACUGAUACGCCUCGGACGCUCCGAAAAGAAGUGA